CGCACCUAUAGAGCGCAUUAUUGCAAGUGUCGGCUAUAGAGAUACGAACAUAGAGAAACAAAAAUGAGGCUUAUCUUACAACGUCACCACAACCACGAUUGUCACGAUCACAAGAGCCAUCGUAAUGAAAACAAGAGUCGAAGAAUCUUAAAGAAGAUAGCCAAGCUCGAGAAGAAAUUGGAAAGAUAUAACAUUAACGACACUUCGCCGGGCAAUGAUUUGUCCGCGAGCAGCCGCAGCAGCUCUCGAUCUCGAUCCCCUUCGAAAUCACGUAACGAGCGUACGAAACCUCGCCGUGGCAAGCGAGAAAGGCGCUUUGAAUUUUUUGACGAGAGCAGCGACAGUGAUAGGGAUUCGAAUUUAUCGGCCAGUGCACACUCAAAAUUGAUAUCCGAGUACAAAUCUAAUCGUCGUCGCGCAUCAUGCAGUCUUCCAAGAUCAAGGUCACUAGCUGCAUACGAUAAUUGUCGCCGAGGGUCAUUAGCUAGAGGGCAUCAUCGUCAACGACUUGGCCACCGCCAUUCUCAGCAUUGCAAAUAUUUACGACAUCAUUAUCAAAAUGGGAUUGCAGGAUGUCUUUUUAGGAACUUUGCGCAGAGUGAGCCGAAUUUGCAAAUCGCGGCGAAUGAGCUUGAUGGUGACGAAGCAAACGUUAACGAAGGUAAAGCUGAAUCUGGUCAUUAUAAUGAUUCUGACCAAGAAUCGGAGAUAAAUAGAAUCUUAUCGGACGACUCGUUGAAGAUUAUACAAUAUGGAUUGCCAGCCGAGAAGAAGCGAGCUCUUUUGAAAAAGUACCGAGCGAACAAAAAUUGCUUAUUGCUAACGGGCCCGAAGUUAAAUGACGAAAUCUUACCAACAGCAACAAAAAUGGGAAUCAAAAGCGAUGUCCUGGAAAUGUACGAGCAGAAUCAAAUUGGCGCGGGUCUGGUAGCCUUGGGUCAGGCAAUAUCUGAUUUGACUAAUAAGUCGUCAGAAUUUGAAAAGGACCACGAUAUUUCUAAUAUUUUACAAACUCUUAAUGAUGCUGCAGCUGUUAUUCUCGAUACUCAGUAUAAUAUAACGAAGAAAAGACAAUUGCUAAUGUUACCAGAGUUACAUAAAAAAGUUCGAUCUGUCGUUAGAAAUUGCCGAGCUGACGAGUGGCUGUACGGAAAUGAUUUUGGACAAAAAAUUAAGAAUGCCAAGAUUUUGAGAAAGGAACAAAAGAGCUGCAAGAAAGGCAUUUUAAUAAAUCCAUGUGAUGAAACAAAGACGUGCAAAUAUCAUAACUAUGACGAUGAAGAACUAGAGAAGCAUUUGGAUUAAUCAGAUUUAUAUAAGAGAGUCACAAAUAUUGUCGCAAAUUCGAAAAACCUUACAAUUGAAGUCAUUG